CCGAGUCUCAGCUCAGGACGGGACGGGAGAUCAGAGUUCUGCCAAGACAAGGUGCAGAUUUGAAGGUCUACAAUGGCUAUUGAUAAUGAAGAGCUACUUAAACACUAUGAAUUACAGGAAACUAUUGGUUCAGGAGGUUUUGCUAAAGUAAAGCUGGCUUCUCACAAACUGACAAGGGAAAAGGUUGCUAUAAAGAUAAUGGACAAAGAAUCACUUGGGGAAGACCUGCCUCGUGUUCAAACAGAAAUUGAAGCAAUGAAGAAUUUGAGUCACCAACACAUUUGUCGUUUGUAUCAUGUUAUUGAGACUGCACAUAAGAUCUUCAUCAUUAUGGAGUACUGCCCUGGUGGAGAAUUGUUCGACUACAUUAUUGCAAAAGACCGUUUAUCAGAAGAGGAAGCUCGAAUUUUUUUCCGACAGAUUGUAUCGGCUGUAGCUUACGUUCACAGCCAGGGCUAUGCUCAUCGAGAUCUUAAACCGGAAAAUCUACUAAUUGAUGAAGAUCAUAAUUUGAAGCUGAUUGAUUUUGGCCUGUGUGCAAAGCCCAAGGGUGGUUUGAAUUACCAGUUAACAACUUGCUGUGGUAGCCCUGCCUAUGCAGCUCCUGAACUCAUUCAAGGCAAAGCUUAUAUUGGUUCUGAGGCAGAUAUCUGGAGCAUGGGGAUCCUCUUGUAUGCACUUCUUUGUGGAUUUCUCCCAUUUGAUGAUGAUAAUAUGGUGACUCUAUACAGAAAAAUAAUGAGGGGAAAAUAUAACAUACCCAAAUGGCUCUCGCCUGCAAGUGUACUGAUUUUGAAUCAAAUGUUGCAGGUAGAUCCAAAGAAGAGGAUCACUAUAAAACAUCUUCUAACCCAUCCCUGGUUAAUGCAAGAUUACGGCUGCCCAGUUGACUGGCGUACCAGAUAUCCAAUUGACCGUCUUGAUGAGGACUGCAUUACAGAGCUGUCAGUGUUUUUCAAAUGCUCCAGAAAGCACAUGUCCAGCUUGGUAUCAGAGUGGAAAUAUGAUAGAAUAACUGCUGCAUAUCUACUGCUGUUACACAAGAAAAGCCAUGGAAAGUCAGUCCGCUUAUUCUCUUGUGCUGAGAAGCAGCAGGUGUCAACACCUCUAACAGAACUGAAGUCAAAGAGAAAUAUAAACUUCGAAGAUUUGGAAGAUGAUCAGGCCUGCAUACGUGGAUCACUGGACUUUAUCGAUAAGUGCAUCCUCAAAGAGAAAUUUCCUUUUACAAACUCAUCCCAAGUUACAGAGCAAGCACUUAAAGAUCAUUCAGAAGAUAAUUUACAGUCUUUCGAUAAACAACAAAAGCUUGCUUCAAUGAAAUCUGGAAACAAAGAAAAUAUAAAGCAAAUAAAAGUGAAUAUGAAUGUCAACGAUAACUUUGUGCAGCCUGAAACCAGAACACCGGUUAUUCAGAAAAGCCGUGAAAAGAAAAAUCUAGUUAUUCCUAGAAAAAAUGAAGAUGUUCCUAAUAAAGCUGUGGUCAAAGAGACAUCUUUAAAUCAGGAUUCAAACCAAGAUGUCCCACAGGAACAUACAGCUGCUGCAUUUAGUCCGGAAAGACGGACUCGUUCGUUGGACAUUAAUUUAUAUCAGAAUGAUGGUGAAAGCAGCCAAAAGAAAAAGGGAACCAAGAUGUUUGGAAGCUUGGAGCGGGGGUUGGACAAGAUGAUCACAAUGCUAACUCCUAGCAAACGGAAAAGACCUUUUAAAGAUGGACCAAGGAAGAUCAAGGCACAAUAUAAUGUGACAACAACCACCAUGGUGAAUGCAGAUCAAGCUUUGGAUGAAAUUAUUCGGAUUUUACCAACCAAACGUGUAGACUUUGUGCAAAAGGGCUAUACUUUAAAAUGCUGGACGAGGUCAGACUUUGGAAAGGUCACCAUGCAGUUCAAAUUGGAGAUGUGUCAGCUCAGCAAGCCUGAAGUGAUUGGUAUCAGAAGACAGCGACUAAAGGGUGAUGCCUGGGUUUAUAAACGUUUAGUCGAAGAUAUUUUAUCCAGUUCCAACAUCUAAUUAGUGCUUAUAUUAGAAAUUAAAUUUAAGUUCUUUGAUUAAUGAAAGGAGUAUUUUGUUGUUGUGGCAUUGUGUACCAUUUACUAUUUUACUUGUGCCUUCACUGAUUUCUCAGUUUAAUGUAACCUAGCUGCAUCAAUAUACACUGACCAUAACAAAAAAAGUUUUGGAAACAUGUGCAUGUAGAGGGUAUUUUUUAGUGAUUCUUUUUAUAAAUAAUUCUAAUAUCUUUUACAUCAACAUUAGGACACUAUCACCUGAGAAGGUUCCUAAAACACAUGAGGAUGAGGAUGGAUGUACUCGGCAUGUUACCCUAGGCACUGAGAAGUUUGUGUUCCUAGCUAUGUAAACCUAAGAAGCUGUAUAAAAUUGUGAUCUUCCUAACUUAAAUUUAGCCUUGAGUGAGUGAAUUUUAAAAAUCAUUUGCAUGCCGAAAUAGAAAUAUUUAUAUAUGGGAGGGUCAAACAAAGAAGUUUGAAAUGGAGUGGUCCAUUCAAUUUUAAAUUGCUUUACUAAUGUUAAGUUAAACCUCUCUUGGUGAAAAUUGAGGCAUAAUUAAUGCAGAUAAAGAAACUCAUGAUUAAAUUGCACAACAUAGCUUUGUAAUAGUGUUACAUUCAACUUCUAUUU